AUGGCGGUGAUGAGGAGGAUGAGAGACGUUGUCGACAUGUUGGUGUCUGGAAAAGAUAGCAUUAGACGGGAUUUUGAGCCAAAAAAAGUUGGAAUUUGGCGAGAGAAACGAGCAGUGGUUCAAGUAUUCACAAGGACAUGCUUCCAUCCCGGUGCUAGCAGUCAGGUGCCGUUACAGGCAAGCGGUCAACUGACAGGAUAUCAACUCGUCCAACGUCUUCUAAAAUACGUUUGGCCAAAAGAUAAACCGGAAAUCAAACGAAGAGUUCUCGUGGCUCUGAGUCUUCUGAUUGCAGCGAAACUAGCGAAUGUUUCAGUUCCAUUUCUACUCAGAGACGUUGUCAAUUAUUAUAAUGGAAAGGCGCCCGAGUUGUUGAAACUCACUUUCGAUGGAACACCAUCACAGACCAUUUUUACGGCUGGAAUUGCCACGUGUAUUGCUUACGGAAUGGCGCGUGCCACGUCUUCGGCAUUCAACGAGUUGCGUAACGCGGUCUUUGCAAAAGUUGCUCAAAACUCGGUCCGAUCAAUCUCUCGAUCGAUAUUUCUUCACUUACACUCACUGGAUCUCUCAUUUCAUUUGAAUCGUCAAACUGGCGCCCUAUCGAAAGCAAUUGAUCGAGGAACGAGGGGAAUGAGUUUUGUUUUAUCCUCUCUCAUAUUCAAUUUGAUUCCGACGGCUGUUGAAAUCGGAAUGGUCUCCGCCCUUUUCACGGGAACUCUUGGACCAGAAUUCGCUUAUAUGACAAUGGGAAGUAUUGGAAUGUAUGGAAUCGCUACUCUGGGUAUUACCAGUUGGAGAACGAAAUUUCGACAUCAAAUGAAUCAGGCGGAUAACGAUGCGGGCAACAAAGCGAUCGACUCGCUUAUCAAUUAUGAAACUGUCAAGUAUUUUAAUAAUGAGAAAUUCGAGGCCGAUCGAUAUGAUCACUACUUGAAGAAAUACGAAGGUGCCUCUCUAAAAACGACAUCCUCCCUGGCGCUCCUCAACUUUUCCCAAAACGCAAUCUUCUCGGGUGCCCUAAUCGGUGUAAUGUGUAUGGCUGGCACACGAAUCGCCGCCGGUGAUUUCACAAUUGGAGAUUUGAUUCUCGCGAACACUUUGUUAUUUCAACUCUCAAUUCCAUUGAAUUUCUUGGGUUCAGUGUAUCGAGAAGUGCGUCAAGGCCUUGUCGACAUGAAUCAAAUGUUCUCUUUACUCACAUUGAAACCGAAAAUUGUCGAAGCGCCCGACGCGCGCCAGCUGAAAAUUUCAGGAAAUGAUAUAAAUCUGAAAUUCGAGGAUGUACAUUUCGGUUACCUGUCGGAAAAACCGAUUCUGAAAGGACUCAAUCUGGAAAUUCCAGCUGGAAAAAAAGUUGCCAUUGUAGGCGGCUCUGGCUCUGGGAAAUCAACGAUCGUCCGUCUCCUCUACCGUCUUUACGAUACGGAACACGGAACUGUCCGUAUAAAUGGGGCGGAGACUCGUGAGCUCACACUGGAAUCACUCAGACAAGCGAUUAGUAUUGUACCACAAGAUUCCGUCCUAUUUCAUGACACUAUUUUCUAUAAUUUGGCUUAUGGACGACCGACGGCGACGAAGGAUGAGGUGAUUCAGGCGGCGAAGAUGGCGGAUCUACAUGAAUCGGUUAUGAGAAUGCCUAAUGGUUACGAAACACUCGUCGGUGAGAGAGGACUCAAAUUGUCAGGUGGAGAGAAACAACGUGUCGCCAUUGCGAGAGCUAUACUCAAGAACGCGCCAUUCGUGAUCUACGACGAGGCGACAUCGUCCCUCGACGCCAUCACCGAAUCCAAUAUAAUGAAGGCGUUGAAGGGAGCCGUGGAGAAGCGGACGUCCCUUUUCAUUGCUCAUCGUCUGGCGACUAUCGUCGACGCCGACAUCAUUUAUGUACUUGAAGAGGGGCGUGUCGCCGAAAACGGCACACAUUUCGAGUUGUUGGCUCACGAUGGAUUGUAUGCUCAGUUGUGGAAAUCACAAAAUAUUCAUGGAGUCGCGGUGAGUGUCUCUAGCUGGAAAUGGGCGGAGCUUUGA